GCGAACUUAUAUCGUCUAGUGUAUUAUCUGAUAUCCGAGAGUGUUCCUGCUGUUUACUGCCGAGGCAGAGUCCUUCGGAUGACUAUCCCCAUCGACUUCGUCCGUCCUCGCUAACCCUCUGCCGCGCUCGGCCGCUGGCUUGUCUCGGUCGAACUCGCGCAAUACCGCAAUCCGGUCGCCUCUACGCUCGCAAUGGCGAGUUUUCUAAAUAAAUGGAAGACCAGCGGCGCUGCGGCCUCGAGUUCGGCAGGCAAAGACGGACCCAAGAAGAAAGAGGAGACUCCGCUAGAGGUCACCCCGUUGGAACGGAUGCUUCAGAACGCUGGCGCGCCCAGGCAAGAUGGAAGCGACAAGUUCUUCGGCAUGGAGAAUUUCGGGAAUACUUGCUAUUGCAACUCGAUCGUCCAAGCCCUCUACUAUACCGUACCAUUUCGAGAGCAGGUGCUUAAGUUCCCGCCAUUAUCACCCUCAGAUACCCCUAACGGAAGCCGACCUAGGGUUAACGUCCAAAUCCGAGCUCCAGCUGUGAACGGAAGCGCACACGGAGGCGCAAACGCGAAGAGAGGUUCCGUAGCUGAUGCGAUGGAGAAGAGGAAACAGAUUAACUCGGGCCAAAUCCAGCCAGUUCGGCCAGAGGAUAAGCCCGACACCCCCGAAUAUAAAAAGAAGCAAGCGAUGCUGAAGGGUCCUAUAUUAGAGUUGGCACAAGAAAGCCACGAAACCUACGGGAUGGAUGAGUGCACGUUCACGGGCCUACGAGAUAUUUUUAUGACGCUCGUAGAUAGUACUGUUCGUACUGGGGUUCUUAGUCCGCAGCGGUUCCUUGAGAUCUUCAAGCGCGAUAACGAAAUGUUUCGCAAUUCGAUGCACCAGGAUGCGCACGAAUUCUACGGGCUCGUUUUAAACGAUAUAAUAUCGAACGUGGAGAGCACGGCUAAGCGGUUACUUAACCAGCAGGUCUCUUAUAGUAACGGUAGUGUUGAAGAAUCGCUCAAAGCAGCCUUAGGAGCAAUUGCUAAGACCGCUUCGAACGGUAUAAAUUCUCCGGGGACAGGCUGGGUGCAUGAUAUAUUCGAAGGCGUGUUAACAUCGGAGACGAAAUGCCUCACUUGCGAGACUGCUUCUCAGCGAGAUGAGACGUUCCUAGACUUAUCGAUUGACUUGGAGGAGCACACCUCAGUAACUGCGUGCUUACAGAAAUUUUCGGCCGAGGAGAUGCUUUGCGAGAGAAACAAAUUUCAUUGCGACCAUUGCGGUGGCUUACAAGAAGCCGAGAAGCGAAUGAAGAUUAAACGACUGCCUAAAGUGCUGGCAUUGCACUUGAAGAGGUUCAAGUAUACGGAAGACUAUAGUCGGCUGCAGAAGCUGUUCCAUCGUGUAGUAUACCCGUAUCAUCUGAGGAUGUUUAAUACGACGGAGGAUGCCGAGGACCCAGAUCGGCUGUACGAACUGUACGCUGUUGUUAUCCACAUCGGCGGCAACGCAUACCACGGACAUUAUGUCUCGGUCAUCAAAACGGAAGAUCGAGGUUGGCUGUUAUUCGACGAUGAGAUGGUCGAGCCCGUUGAUAAGCACUACGUCCGAAACUUUUUUGGGGACAAACCGGGUAUGGCCUGUGCGUACGUGUUGUUUUAUCAAGAAACGACUUACGAGAAGAUGCGGGCCGAGCAAGAGGCGGAGGGUCUUGAGGAAGUCAGGAUCGCCAGUGAAAAGGCCGGUGUUGCUCAAGAGGAUGGUCAGCCGAACGGUUCGGUUUCCGGGUUAUCAAGGCAGCUAACACAGCCGGUUCGGCCACCCGAAGAUCGCGAAGGACUGACCACUCUAGACCACGCUGCUACGGCACCCGAUAUGUUCAUCGAUCCAGCUGCUCCUUCCCCGGCGUUAUUACCUCAGCUAGACGGCGCGGUACCGCCCAGCCCCUUGAUUUCAGAAAGAACGGAUACGACUAAGGGCGAAGCGAAGUCAAAAGAAGAAAGGAACCGAGAAAAGAAAGAAGCCAAGGCUCAAGAAAAGGCACGCAAGGUGGCAGAAAAGGAAGAGCUCAAAGCCAAGGAGAAGCAGCGCAAAGAGGCCGACGCGCGGUUGCGCGAAGCUCGCAAAGCCGAACAGGAGGAAUUGAAGAAAGCCAUCGAGGCAAGUAGAAAGAUGGACGAAGAAGAAGACGAAGCCAGUCGCAAAGAACAAGAUGACAGCGUCCCGUCGCUGCAGAAGCCGGAUAGGGGUAGCAGAUCCAUGUCAAGAAAGAGCUUCGGGUUUUUAAAUAGAGACAAAGCAAAACGGGAUAGCCUAGAGGUUUUACCCGAAAACAAACAGAAUGGCGAGAGCGCGGCGCCCAGCCACGACAAGCCAGAGCAACAGUUCAAGCUUAAGAAGAGCUUCAGCUUUAGUCUUGGGCGAAGAAAAAGCCAUAGUACCCUCUCGUAAAAAUACAUAGGAGUUAGGGGAAUAUCUUUGACGGUAUCGUUACUCUUCAUACCCUAGCUAAUUAGCGCAAGGGGGAUGGGGCAUAUACGGAGUUCUGGGGGGUAUCAAAAGAAAUGCAAAGGUUCUUGAGCAUUUACGGAGGACGCGCACCAAAGCCGAGAUUCGUUUUGGAUACUCUGUAGAACGAGGUUGCUUCUGUUUCUCAGUAGCACUAUGAGCGUGAGGUCUGCUCACGUUGUGAUGGAUAUUCUGUAUAAUAAGGCCAGACGCCGGAGCUCAUACCCCUUGUAGUAGCAGAGGUACGAGGAAAGAAAAGACAAAGCCUUCAUCGCCAUCAUCUUGGACCGAAUCUUGAUUGUAUAGUGUUGACUUGACGUGUCGCUGUCACUCGAAACCUCCCUUCGCACGACCGCGCGUCUCACAUUGCCGAUCUCAUUUUAGCCAUAUUACACCAAACCAAAGUGUAUGUACACCCGAACGCCUGGUUGAAACCGAAUGCAAGCCCCUAUACGUCCGUCAUCGUUCGUAACACCUGCAUAUCCUCUCUAACCCAAGACCAGCUCGUAGAGUAUUAUUAAAGUGUUGAUCGCUAUCAGAGGAACUGCUCUGCUGGUUAGCUUGGUGUUAUUACCUCGUA